ACCUUCCUUCACGUCGUCGCUGUGGUCCGAGGACAGAGGUCGGAUUUCGUGAGGCGACACCUUGUGAGAGAGAGAGAGAGAGAAUGUAUUGUGCGGCGAGAUUGCAAGCAUCGAAUGCUUCGACCCAUCUGAGCUCCGACCGUGAAUCCACCGCGCCGUCGUUUCCGGCCCGCCGGCCGCCAGUUCUCCGGCGGCUGCCGCGGCGGCGGCCUCGACCUCGCCGGUCCCUUUCGCUGUCCGUACGGUCGGUGUACGGUGGAGCGGCCGUGGAGGAGGCGGGUUCCGGGCCGUCGGUGUCGUCGCAGUACACCUCGUCCGUCGGGUCGUCCUCCACGGCGGCGCUUCAGCUCUCCCAGUGGAACCUCACUCAGCGCCAUGUUCUCAUGCUGAACGUCAUCGCUUGUGUGGCUGCACUUUCUGCAACAUGGCUAUUUUGUUCUGCCAUUCCUACUCUUCUGGCUUUCAAGAGGGCAGCUGAAUCACUAGAGAAGCUGAUGGAUGUGACUAGAGAGGAGCUUCCUGACACAAUGGCUGCUGUUCGAUUAUCUGGGAUGGAAAUCAGUGACCUGACUAUGGAACUUAGCGAUCUGGGCCAGGACAUAACUCAAGGUGUUAGGAGAACCACUCGAGCUGUUCGCAUAGCUGAGGAGAGAUUGCGCCAGUUGACCAACAUGGUCCCACCAGCCGUAUUGCAGGGGAUACCAAGGCAGGAAACUGAGCCUAAAGGACCAGCAUUGGCUAGAACUGCAAAAGGGCUACGCGAGGGAAUAGUUAAGGGUAGAUCACUCCUGCAGAUGCUUCUAACCCUCACUCGGUUUUCUAGGUUGGCAUUAAACUAUAUUGCCGGUAAAGCAAAGAGAUAAUCUGAAAGGGACGACAUAGCCAUAGGCAAUAACGUAGUUUGGUGCAAUCUCAUCUUCCUUCU